UGCGCCCACAGGGUGAGAAACAUCCCUAGUGAAAAACAACAACAAUCAGAACUGCGGGGCUGGAAACAGAGAUGGCCCCGUGAAAACGCAACAAUUUUGCAUAUUUCACUGAAACAUUUCCAGUCCUGCUGCUGCUAUUUUACUAGAAACUUUAUAUGUCGACGGUGUCGUGCCCAUGAACCUGGCCAGUCUGAGUGGGGAUGCUGGCGGAAGCCAGCUUCUCUUCGCCAACUUUAACCAGGACAACACGUCCUUGGCUGUUGGCACCAAAUCAGGAUACAAGUUUUUCUCCUUGUCCUUUGUGGACAAAUUGGAGCAGAUAUAUGAAUGUACUGACACGGAGGAUGUGUGUAUUGUGGAGCGCCUGUUCUCCAGCAGCCUUGUGGCCAUCGUGAGCCUGAAGGCACCCAGGAAGCUCAAAGUCUGUCACUUCAAGAAGGGAACCGAGAUCUGUAACUACUCUUAUUCAAACACCAUACUGGCUGUAAAACUUAACAGACAGAGGCUGAUUGUGUGUCUGGAAGAGUCGCUUUACAUUCACAACAUCAGAGACAUGAAAGUGCUGCACACUAUCAGAGAGACGCCACCUAACCCAUCAGGUCUGUGCGCUCUCUCCAUCAGCAAUGAUAACUGUUACCUGGCAUAUCCAGGCAGUGCGACGAUAGGGGAGGUCCAGGUGUUCGACACAGUCAACCUGAGGGCAGCCAAUAUGAUUCCAGCUCAUGACAGUCCCUUAGCAGCUUUGGCGUUUGACGCAAGUGGCACCAAGCUGGCCACAGCCUCAGAGAAGGGCACCGUCAUCCGUGUCUUCUCCAUUCCAGAGGGACAGAAGCUGUUUGAGUUUCGGCGAGGUGUCAAGAGGUGUGUGAGCAUCUGUUCAUUGGCGUUCAGUAUGGAAGGCCUGUAUCUUUCUGCCUCGAGCAACACAGAGACGGUCCAUAUCUUCAAAUUAGAAAUGCAGAAGGAGAAGUAUGUGCCAGCUGAGGAGCCCACAACAUGGGGAGGUUACUUGGGAAAGGUCCUGAUGGCGUCCACCACCUAUCUGCCUUCACAGGUCACAGAAAUGUUCACCCAGGGACGAGCUUUCGCCACCGUCCGCCUGCCCUUCUGCGGGCACAAGAACAUCUGCGCUUUAGCUGUGAUUCAGAAGAUUCCCAGGCUGCUGGUCGCAGCAGCUGACGGAUUCUUGUAUCUGUAUAACUUGGACCCACAGGAGGGUGGGGAAUGCACGCUCAUGAAGCAGCACAGGUUGGACAGCAGUGCUGAGCCUCCCAAUGAGAUCCUUGAACAGGGAUCACAUGAUCGCCCUCUUGUGGCCCAAACCUACAGUGCUGCGGUCACUAAAGGUUACUGUGAAGAGCAAGGCGCAGUUGGAGGGUCGGGGCUUGAAGAGGACCUUAACGACUUGCGCUUAGAGGAGGAGAACGAGCAGCCGCCGCUCAUCCUUGAAACCGAAUGACCUACCAGAAGCUCGGACCCCCGACGGUCAGAGGCCUCCUCUGGUGGUGCUGUAAAACACCAGACCACAAGGAGGGGCAGGGGCAAGAUCAAAGGUCGGGGCGGGGAGGGUGGGAUGUUCAAGAACCUGCCUUUCAGUCUGUCUGUGCGUUGUUCUGUCCACAUACAAAUCAGUUUAUUUUCCUCCCUUCCAUCCUCCUGCCCCGUUUACCCUUUAGUUUGCCUGUGCAGGCCAGAAUCUGAAGCUUUGCAUGUACAUGUGCCAACUGCUAAAACCAGGCUUCAUUGUGAAAGUGAGCCCCACCCUGUGAGCGUGGUCAAAAAAAGAAACAAAAAAAAAACAAUGUAGCUGUGUCUCAUUUUUUGGACACAUAUAUAAAUGCAAGCACUGUGUAAAAUGAAAGUGAUUGUGUAAGUGCCUCUCUGUCGUUUUUUUAAAAUUAUUAUUUCUGUUUGAAACGGGAGAAAAUCUUUUCAUUGCUUGGAAUAAAAUCUGCUGUCAUUAGGAUGACCAUGAUUGAGCUGUGCAACAUUUCCUGAUCCUUUCCUCUGACACCGAAAGUGUGCAGCGUCCAUCGGGUUUACCGACUAAUGGAAGAUUUGAAAGCUUCAGACGUGAGGCAGAGACCUUUGCGUGCUUAGCUGAGACUUCGUGUGUGUAAGGGUGUGCGUGUGUGUUGGGCAUGUACAACUGCAAAUAAACCAUCCCCUUUUACCUCAUCCAAGCAGACCUCUAUGCCCUUUCUGUGCCCUUCACAGACCUGCACUCACCUGUUGAUUUUUUUUAUUUUUAUUACUGAUAUUGUUGAUUGUUUUUAAAACCUUCUUAACUAAUCAAUUUCAAUGAUGUGUCAUGCGUAUGCAAACAUGCAUGGUGUUAUUGACGUGGUACUGUGCCCAUCCAUUGCAGACAUGAGUGGAGAAGGGCAGUACAAUGUAAGCUGCAGACUCUCCUCUUCCUCCAUCAUCCUACUCUGUAUCUCUACUCUGUACAUUACUAGAUGUGGUCAGAUAAUACUGGGGAGAGCGUGUUUGACCAUGAGAAGGAACGGUGGACUGAAACUUUGUUCUGAAGGUCAGGCUGAGCCUCAUCAACUGGGCCAGGAUGCUGCAUGGUUCCCAGUUAAUCCUUUAGUUUGUUUAGUGGCCCCUACAAAGGAUUAGCCCUGGGAUUCUGGAGCGGCAGACGUUUUCUAAUGAUUUUUGUACAAAAUGUAAGACGUUCAUCUGAAGCUAAAAUGAAAAUAAAAUUCUGUAUUGAUGUA